AUGUGGAUUCAUCAUGGAGAGUCCUUUGUUGUACCUAGUACUAUCUCCCCUAGUACUACUCAAAAUAUGGUUGGAGAUACUAUCAAUUUCGAAGAUCCUAUUCAUAACAUGAUCAAUGAUGCAUUUGGAGUUGAUAUGAGUCAUGCUAAUGAAAUACCAUCUGCGUCAAAUUUAGAGAUUGGCCAAGAAGAUUAUGUGAUGCUAAGUGCAACUCAGGAAAGAAAUGAAGCCAAAGAGUACUAUGAAUUGACUAGAGAAGGAGAACAACCUUUGUAUGAAGGGUGUAGACGAUAUUCAAGACUAUCUUUUUUGGUUAAGUUGUACCAUAUAAAGUGUUUAUGUGGAUUGAGUGAGAAGGCAAUGACAAUGAUUUUAGAGUUAAUUAAAGAUGCAUUUGAAUAUGCAAACAUUCCAGGUUCAUUCCAUGAAGCCAAGAAAUCAAUCACAAAACUUGGUUUGAAUUAUGUAAAGAUACCUGCAUGUCCAAACGGUUGUAUGCUUUAUUGGGGAGAAGAUGAAGAAAGGGAGACUUGCAAAAAUUGCAACACGUCAAAAUGGAAAACAAAUGAAGCGGUCUUUGUUAACAAGAAAAAGAAAAAAAUUCCUGCCAAGGUUCUUCGUUAUUUUCCAUUAAAACCUCGAUUACAGAGAUUAUUUUUGUCAUCAAAGACGACAGAGGAUAUGAGAUGGCACGCAACAGAUGCUAACAACGAUGGAAUGUUGAGGCAUCCUAGAGAUUCAGAAGCUUGGAAGAAAUUUGACUUGACACAUACUUGGUUUUCAUCAGAUCCGCGAAAUAUGCGUCUUGCAUUGGCUAGUGAUGGUUUUAAUCCUUUUGGUAUGGGCGCACUUUCUGGGUGGAACACAUACACAGGACUUGCUUGCUGA